UCUUUCCGCAAUACUAGAAACAUUCACCUUAUACCAGCUUCACAGCUGACUGCAGCUCUGAGUUGUUUUGAUGUAUUUGUGAUUACUAAGCACGUCCACAAGUUUACACCCUUUCUCGGAAACGAAACCUAAAGAAAAUGGCUGCCGGUGCAUUCUCUCUUGUCUUAGUAUUUUUAUUCAUUUGUAGUGCAAGUUCUGAGAAAUUUGCGACUGGAUCAACUCAGACUCUUAGUGUAAACGCUGAAAGAGCUCUUAAAUUCAUUGAGUGGAAACACAAAGGGAACUUGGUGGUUGAGUGGUACGGUGAAGGUGACCCUACGCAGUAUCGAUACAAUGCAAAGCUAAACACAAACACUGGAGACCUCACUUUUAAAAUGCUGAAGGUUAACAGCGGUGAAUAUAAAUGUCAAUACCAAUACAAGGAUAAAGGCACUUUUGAUGAAAAAGUAUUUCAAGUUGAAGUAAUCGAUCCAGUUUCUAAACCCAAAGUGACCUGCAAGAAGAAUGCCACAGACAUUACACUCACGUGUACAAUAGGCUCUUCAGUGCCAGCAGAAUUUACAUGGACAGGGCCCAAUGGCUUCUCUCAUGUUGGGAACAUUGUCCAUAUCACCAGUCAAGAAACUAAUAACUCAUUGUAUUUCUGCACUGCACAAAAUGAAGUGAGCAAAGAGACAGCAGAGUUCACACUUAUGAACUGUUACAAAGGUGGUAAUAAAGGACCAACUUUUCUUUACUGGCUGAUACCCCUAAUAUCUAUAUUCAUUUUGAUUUUGGCUGUUAUUGCUAAACGUUGUUACAGUAAAGGUGCUAUACCUACAAAUUCUAAUCAGGAACCUGAUGUGAUAGAAUCUGUCCAGCUGAAUGGAUUAUAGAUAUAUUGCAGGGCAUGAACGUCAUCUUCUCCCUCAGCAUCACUUGAGACUAUCCCAGACAGUUCUUCAAUGUCAGAUUCAUCAGAGCCCAUGGGGAAAAACAUAUACUGGGCCAGAAGAUUGCGGUGGACGACUCUUUCCCUGUCACCAUCUUUUAAACGAACCACAUACACUGGAAUGUCUGGCUGUUUCUUUACCACAAUAUAUGGAUGUGGUUCUCACCUGUCACAAAACAACAAAUCCAAAAACACAUUAACAAAUUCGAAAACAAAUUAACAAAUCCAAAAACAAAUUAAC